AUGAACCUUGAGGAGUACUUCCAAAGAAUCGGUUUCAGGGGCCCGCACGACAAAGCUGACCUCGCUACACUAAAGCAAAUCCACUGGCAUCACAUCAUGUCUGUCUGCUUUGAGAACUUCGACAUGCACUGCGGUGGAAAGAUCAUCAUGGACCUCGAAGUCAUUUUCAACAAGAUAGUUCAUCAGGGCCGUGGCGGCUGGUGCAUGGAGAACAACUUUCUGCUGUACUGGGUGCUAAGAGAAAUGGGCUACGAUGUCACUGUGUUAGGUGCUAGGGUGUUCAACAGCAGCUUAGGUGACUUUUCCCCUAUAGUAGGCCACUUCAUUAACAAAGUAGUGAUCGAUGGGAAAUCCUACAUUGAAGAUGUCAGUUUCGGGGUGUCGUCCCAAAUGUGGGAGCCACUGGAACUCGUCUCCGGAGUGGAGCAAGUCCAGCCGCCCGGUAGUUUCCGUCUCAUGGAUAAAGGAGACUUCUGGAUUCUAGAGAAGACUGACAGGAAACCGGAGAUUCUCAAUCCAGAUUUUGCCAAUUCAAACCUGGUGAAAAGACAGCUGAACAGGGCCAUAUACAGCUUCACCCUGACACCCCGCAACGUGGAAGAGUUCAUCGAAGCUAACGACUACUUCCAGACAAAUCCCACAUCACUGUUCGUCAACAAGUCCAUGUGUUCCAUUCAAUUGCCCACAGGCUUCAGGGCCUUGAUUGGCUGGACCUACAGUGAGGUCACCUUCCAGGCCGACCGGGGCGUGGAUGUCUAUGAUAUGAAGAAUGUGCCCGAUGAGGAGAUAGAAACCCUUCUCAGAGAUAAGUUUAAGAUCCAUUUGCCUAAAAAACUCAAGCCCGUGAACAAUAAGUAUGAUUACACACUCUAA